GGGAGCAGAGGUCGCUCCGCGGAGCCGUUGGUGUUUUGUAUUCCCAGAAAGAAAAUAGACAUUUUGGAGAAGCUGAGCUCCAGAACGACACCUUUUAACCUCCUGCAGCGAGUAAAGCUCAAUUAUCUUCUGUUUCCGAACAUUUAAUGUGCCUUUCAACUCAUUGUUAUUACAGAUAAAUAGCCAAGGGAGGCAGAAUAUCACAUAUAUUCGGCUGUAAACUUGUAGUCCCGUUAGCUACGUUGUUGCUAAGCUAACGUUAGCUGCGGUUUGGUCGUGAUGGCUGACUUCAGCAGCAGGAUCAUGACGUCUGCUGAACACUCGGCGGUCACAGCUGGGCCUGCAGGAAAAGCGUCGUCCUCCUCAGUCGGGUCAGGAAAUGGAAGCUGGGACGGCGUGGGCGGGUUGGACCAGAUAACAGUUGUGAGGAUAGACGACACGCACAUCGCGGAGGAUAAAGACGCUGCAGUGUGCUACGAGGUGGAGUACUCGAUGCCUGCUGAGGACGAGGUUGCCGGAGAGGAAGAGGAGGACGGCGUUUACGUCAUCGAGUAUUCAAAUCCAGAAGAGGAGGGAGAGAGCUACCAGUUCACGAUGUCCGUGGAUCGAUCGCUCCCGGCCAAAAAGCCGAUAAUUAACCAUCCUGCGGCGAGAGAGAGCGCCAGAGCUCCUUUACCCGUGAUGUCCAAACCGGUCAGACCUCAGAGGCCGAGGCAGAAGAGGAAGCUAGAGGUGAAGCAGCUGGAGGUGAAGCAGCAGGAGGUGAAGCAGCUGGAGGUGAAGCAGCUGGAGGUGAAGCAGCAGCAGGAGGUGAAGCAGCAGGAGGUCGUGAGCAAUAAGUGCGUGCUGGAGCUCGGAGAGGACUACAGAGAAGUGAUGGGGAUGAACUUGGGCUCCGAUAAAAAACAGCUGAUGUGCACGCUGUGCCCGCAGCCCGGCCGCUUGUUCAAGAGAGCCGCCGGUUUGGCCGUACAUUUAAAACACAUGCACCUCCUGGAGGCCAAGAAGACGUUCUUCUGCUCGUCGUGCCAGCAGUCGGUUCGCUCUCAGAUCGAACUGGACGCACACACAAAACGCCACGCCAACCAGGACGCCGUGUUCACCUGCCUCCUCUGCCCGGCGGAGAUGACGGGGUACAAAGGCUCCAGGUGGGGUCUGAGGAGACACCUGGAGAAGGAGCACCGGGGCGUCAUCCCUCGCUGCGACAUCUGCAACAAAGGCUUCACGUCGCUCGUGUCGUACCUGGCCGAUCAGUUCAGGCACGUCGGCGUGUCGCCCUACUACUGCGCCAGGUGUCAGAUCUACGAAAUGACUGAAAGAGGUCUGAACGUUCACAUGAAGAACGACAGCAAGAAGAAGAAGCAGGAGUCUGAUGAAAGCAACCUGCAGGCGGCGGGAGUCUCCGCCAACGCCGAUAACUCUGCCACGGACGACUCCGACUUCUGACACGUUUUGUUUUGUGCGUUUAAGAUUAAAGCAGCAGAAGCUCAGUGACCUCUUCAUCAUCUUUGACGGGUCGGAGCUGAACGUCAAGUUGUUUAUAACUUGUGGAGUUUUCUGUCUUCGUCACACGAGGACAAAACGUUUCGGUAACUGGCUGUUGUUGAGAGAGCUGAAGGAAUAUUUAAUUUGUUCAUAACUUGGGUCUUGUUUCAACUUCAUGUAAAGGAAAAGUUUGACCUUCUGUGCACCGUUCCAGUUUAUCUUGUGACGUCUGUAAAUGUUUGGUUUUGAUGUAUUAUGAUUUAUAACGGCGUUUAAACAGCAGAAUCCUCACUUCAAGCUCAAACCAAAACAUUUUUACUUUUGUGAUUAUGCUCCAAUAUGAAUAAGACCCAGGUUGUAAAAGAAGCUCGUGCUCUAUUUGUUCUUCUUCAUUAGUGUGUGUGUGUGUGUGUGUGUGUGUGUGUGUUUAUAUACUGUAUGUUCUGUGAUCAAGUUAUUCCAGCUGCAGUAGAAGAAAGUAACUCAUGCAGCUUCACGGCACUGAGGAGAAUGUAAAGCGAUGUUUGCAGGCAGCAGCUGCUUUAAAGUCCCAUUUUCUCACAUUUCAUACACGUCUACUUCCUGUCCACAGACUUCUACUUCCUGUCCACAGACUUCUACUUCCUGUCCACAGACUUCUUUCCAUCUUGGACUGAACAGCUGCAGGUUUAGUGUCUCCAGCUUCUACCAGCUGACAGAUCUGUCAGUACAGAGAAAUACGUUUUUACAGAAACUACAGUCUCGUCUUUUUCUUCUGAAGCUUUCGAUGCUCAGAUGUCAAAAGGACGUCGAAGUGUGCAGAAUCUUUUUUAUUCAAACUACAAUUAAAGAUGUGACGAACAGAAGAACAGCGACUGAACUGUGGAACUCUAAUCCGUUUAAAGAUAUGUUAUAUAUUUGGCUCAGCAGGAAGAACACGCGGCUACAUUUGAAUUGUUUUAAAUCUUUAACGAUCAUUUAAGUUGUUUAAGAAGUAAAAAAUACCAAAGUUUGGACUCAAAGAGACAUUUAAAAUAAUGAAUUAAGUGAAGUUCAUUUAAAGUUUCUCACUUUUUGGUUUUAACGCCCUCAAAACAAAUCAGAUACUUUGGACUCGUUUUAUUAUUUACAAGGAUUUUGUGGUCAAAGAUAUAUUUUCUGUCUUCACGCGAUGAUCUGUCACAUCUUCAAGUGAAAACAUUUAACUCAACGCACGAUGAUGAAAACACUGAACGUUGAGAAGAUCUGACACUUUGUUCACUGAAUUAAUCCGUGAGAUUAUGAAGAAAGGUUUCAUUUCUUUAUGUAACCGGAAUAAAGAAAUAAAAACAAACCAACCGUGAAUAUUCUUCUUUUGGACGAAGAAACAACGAUUGAAAAUAUAAACACAACAAUCUUUUUAUUUUUGAAAAGCUUGUUCUUUGUAAUUUGUAUGUUUUGUUGUAACAUGAUCUUUGUGUCAUUAAAGGGACAUACCUCUGACCUUUAAAGUGUUGUGUUGUUGUACUCACCAUGAAACUCUUUAUUUUCUGUGUCGUAUGAAGGAAUAAAUAAAGUUCUUUCUUUCUUACUUCACCA